AAUAAUAGGAAUGGACCCUUUGUGAGAGGUACUGGUAGACUGUGAAGAACAGAAGGUAUGUAAAUUAUAAACUGACGAUAACUGUGUCCCUGAGCUCUACCUUAAGAGAAGCUACUUAAAGCUCAGGUUACUCUAUAACCACCUGGAGUGGGCAGCAGCUCCUGUGUACACCAGCUGAACAGGACAUGGCCUGCAGCCAUUACAUUCAUCUCAUACAGGUCACUAUAAGGCAUUGGAAAGUAACAGCCUUCAGUAGCAGCUCAGUGUACUUGCAGCGAUGACAGAGCCUCUCUACAGGGGUUUCCCCCAAGCCGUGCAAGACACUUUUAAGAUGGUGUGUGUUUUAGUUGAAAGUUCAGGAGUCACAAUACUCGGGUACAGUUUGGCAUGGGAAAGUAACCAGACACAGCGAUUGCUUAUGAAUGAGCAUUGAUGCAUUCUGGACAGUACAGAUUCAGUAGAAAAUACAGACCCCAUUUCAAGUUGCUCUUAAGCUAACAGUUUCAGAUGAGAUAGUUCAGAUGUGUAAGAAACAGGCAGAAAAUGAUGGCAGUGGAUAUAUGGUAAAGAAGCUCUAAAAAAACCCAUUUUCAUGAAUACUCAAUGUUGCUCACUUGUCCCCACCAAUACUAUAACCUAGAGCUCAGAAAGCAGUCAUCUGGAAAGCCUCAUGUUACUGUGUUGGCCAACCAGUAAAUAUUAAUGCAGUGCUUUGGUAUCACUGCAGAUAGCUACCCGGCUCCUGUGAGCGUGCCAUCCUUAAAUGAAUCUGGCUGGGUUAUGCCCACCUGCCUCUACCCCAAGUUUGGCUUAUCGAACUAGAGCACACCAGAUACGUAGUUUCUCUAGGUAACAUCGAGAGUCACCUACAUUUGACUUUCUUCAUUUCACAACCCACACUCCUACCCCUAAAAAUACACAUGCUUCACCCACAGAACCAUUACCUCACAGCCUUUUAUUUCCUUUUCUUUUUGGCUGAAUCUUCUAACCUACUUAAAAAAAAAAAAUUUCCCCAGCACGCUGUUAUCUCCAGUUAUAGCACCAGGAAGGUGUGCUGGGGCUGAACUGGGCAUGAUGGAAUUUGCCGUGGGGAAACCCGCUGAUGACAGUGGAACCCGCCCGCGUGUGAAUUCCCGCGGCUCCUGCCACCCCUUUAUAAGCAGGUGGAGGUGCGGCAAGGCUGGCAGGACAAAAGCAGGCAGCACCCGAGCACUCACUGGAGCACAGCUGCUGCGUGGAGUGGAAAUGGCUGGCUUUAGCAGCAAGAGCUUGGUCCUGGUUUCCCUCUUGGGGCUCCUGGCGCUGCUCCUGUGCAGCACCUCCGAAGCACAAAGCAACCAGGAUUGCUGCCUGUCUUACACCAAAGUGCGUCUGCCUCGGUGGGCCCUAAAGGGUUAUACUGAACAGCUCUCCAGUGAAGUCUGCGAUAUCAACGCGAUCAUUUUCCACACCUACAGUGGGCUGAAUGCCUGUGUAAAUCCUAGGGAAGGCUGGGUGAAGAAGCAUCUUCUUUUCCUGAGUCAUAAGCUCAAGAAGAUGUCAAUGUGAUAUGGUUUCUAGAAGGGAACUAAACACAGAUGUGGCUGAAGAACCAUUAGGUUCAAUCUCUCAGUUGAGAUCGUCGUCUUGUACACUGUUGUGUGCUCACUCACCACUGUCUCUGGCUUCUUUGGAACCAUUGAACUUCUUGAGUUGAUUCAUAUUGCAUCGCUGUGUUGCUUGAAUUAAGCAUUUUGUUAGUUUCUAAUUUUACUAAUAUUUGUAUGUUACUAAUAUGACAUAAGAUUACUAUUUAGUAAGGACUGCCUUAAGCAGUUGUACAGACUAUGAAUUUUAUUAAGUUUAUUGCAUGUUAUUUUUGUUUUGUUCAGCAUGUGUAAAGUGGGUUAUUUAUUCUGUUUAUUUUGUUAUUUCUUUAGCACUGUCCUGUGCCAAAAUAUUUCCUUUUAUCUCUAGUUAGUAUUAUAAUACUUCUUGAACUAUUGUUAAACAAAGUCUGCUUGUGGAAAAAAAUGGAAACUGGAGUUUAAAAAAAU